CAUGGUGAUAUCCACGUGACCCCAGAGUCUCAUGGUGAUUGGACAACAGCACAAGGAAGGCGUAUCUUUUCUCUGAUUGGUUAUGGUAAAGGAAACACAACAGUCUGCAUGCAUGGUUUAGUUACUGUUGUUUUAUUUACAGGCAUAGGCUGUAAUUACUCAGUAUUUACCCAUCUAUAAAUCCACAUCAUUGCUAUGGAAGCCAAACUAAAGCAAGAGUUGGGUACUUCAAGGCUCAGAUCAACUGGUCAUUCAAGCGGCGGCUGUAUCAGCGAGGGCCAAAGUUAUGAUACUGACAGCGGGAGGAUUUUUGUAAAGAUAAACCAUAAAAGCGAGGCCAAAUUGAUGUUUGAUGGCGAAAUGGCUAGCCUUGAAGCCAUCUUAAAGACUUCAACAAUUAAGGUUCCGAAGCCUGUGAAGGUGAUCGAACUUGACAGGGGAUGUGUAUUUGUAAUGGAACAUCUGGACAUGAAAUGUCUCAGCAGGCACUCACAGCACCUUGGAGAACAAUUAGCAGACAUGCAUCUUUAUAACAAGAGGCAGUUGGAAAAACUAAACAAAGAUCAACAGACAAUUGGAAAAGGAGCAGAACAGGUGGAUUCAAACGUAGUGGUAAAAUUUGGCUUUGAUGUUUCUACAUGUUGUGGAUACCUACCACAAGCUAAUGACUGGCAGGAAGACUGGGUAACGUUUUUCACCAGACAGCGACUUGACCAUCAGCUAAAUCUAAUUGAGAAGUCAUAUGGAGACAGAGAAUCUAGAGAACUAUGGGCAAAGUUGCAGCUUCAGAUUCCACAGUUUUUCAAAGAUGUGGAAAUCGUCCCUGCUUUGAUUCAUGGUGACUUAUGGAGCGGUAAUGUGGGAGAAUGUGCAGAGGGUCCUGUCAUCUUUGAUCCUGCUUCCUUUUAUGGUCAUUCUGAAUAUGAAUUGGGUAUUGCAGGGAUGUUUGGUGGGUUUGGUAAAUCCUUUUACUCUGCAUAUCAUGAGAAAAUACCCAAAGCCCCAGGCUUUGCCCAAAGACACCAGCUUUACCAACUUUUCCACUAUCUGAAUCACUGGAACCACUUUGGGGGUAGUUACAGGGGCUCCUCAAUAAGAAUAAUGAAAGAUCUGUUAAAAUAGUCUUGAAAAUGUAUGAGCAUACACAGCUGUCACAAGACAUUCCUAUGGAUUGGAAUGUAAAAUACUAUGGAUACCCUACUACAUUUAAUGUACUCAUCCCUUUGACAGAAAAAAGCAAUUAACAUGUGCAGGAAUAAAACGUAUUGUUCCAUCAAAGCGCCACAUGUAGCAGGUAAUGUAUCAAAAAUAAAUUUAUUUUAGUCGUGUUAAAACAUAAAGACAUUUAGAAGGUAAUUUUUUAUCACAGUAA